AUGGCAGAAGAAGACGUAAAACGAUCGGUGGAGGCUGAACAGGCACAAGAACAACAAAAUAUUGCUGAGCAACAGCCAACUGACAAUGAGACGGUAGGACCUAAGCCUUUUAGAAGUCAGUUUACUAUGGAUUUUGACAACUUGGAUGAAGAGCUGUCAAAAGUACCUCUGUUCAUGACUGAUCUACCAGAUGAAGAAAAUGACAGUUUAGCAGCUUUGCAAUCACUUGUGUUUGACGGUACACCCGAAGAGGUCGCUCAAAACUUUAGAGAACAAGGAAAUGAUUGUUUUCGUGCUGGGAAAGCCAAAUAUAAAGACGCCAUUAUCUUUUAUACAAAAGCAAUUGAAACUGAGUGCAAGGAUCAAAGUAUCAUUGAAGCUUGUUUAGCCAACAGAGCAGCUUGCAACCUAGAGUUACAAAAUUAUGGACGUGUAUUGAAUGACUGCUCCAAGUGCCUAAAAAUCAACCCUAAAAACGUGAAGGCACUUUAUCGAUCGUCCAAAGCACUUUUCGCCUUGGAUAAGUUAGUGGAAUGUAUUGACUGUUGCGACCACGCCUUAGCGAUAGAUCCAGAUAACAAACCUGUCAAAGAUGUGAAGGAAAGAGCUGUUACGCGAAAGGCAAUUUUAGAUAAAAAAGCUAAGGAAAAGGAAGAAAGAGAAAGACGCGAGAGGGAGAAGAAGGAAAAAUUGGAGAAUGCUUUCAAGGAACGCAAUAUAAAAAUCGAAGUCGUAGAUAAAGAAGUUAGAGAAAAGGCCAAUAUUGAAUUGGAUGAAGAGACUCAGACUAUCAAUUGGCCAGUUUUCUUUUUGUAUCCCGAAUAUAAAGAAAGCGAUUAUAUUCAGUCUUUCAAUGAAACACAUACUUUCAAUGACCAUCUGGAAAUUAUGUUUGAACAGCCUGCACCUUGGGACGCUAAACACGAAUACAAUCCGAAGAAUCUUGAAGUUUACUUUGAGGAUACACGUGGAUUGCAACCAAAAUUACUUAAGGUGGGCAAAAAGCUAUCAUUAGGUAAAAUCCUAUCAUUGGAUCAGUAUGUGAUCAAGAAUGGAGUACCAUCAUUUAUUAUACUUUCAAAAGAUUCAGCCUUCAAACAAGAAUUUUUGAACAAAUUUAAGAAGCAAUAG